UCGACACAGGCUCCGAAGCCUCGCUUCAAAUGUCACAUCACUACCGGGACCGUUGAGAGGACUGGCGGCGGUUUAACGGCACUGAGCCGGUAUGGGCCUGUUAGCGCGAGCGCGGAAGGAAUGGUUUAUUAUCGGUAUCGCGCUCGCGAUUGUCUCGGCCAAGCUCGCGCCGUCGGUUGGGGUAAAAGGAGGUCCUCUUCGGCCCGAGAUCACCAUCACCUAUGUAGCCGUGUCAACCAUCUUCUUUAACAGCGGCCUGUCAUUGAAGACGGAGGAGCUGACGAGCGCAUUAAUGCAUGUGAAGUUACAUCUGUUUGUUCAGACGUUCACUCUGGUAUUUUUCCCCAUCGCCAUCUGGGCGCUUCUCAAAGUGCUGGCACUCACAGCGAUUAACGAAUGGCUUCUUAAAGGGUUACAGACGGUGGGCUGCAUGCCUCCUCCUGUGUCUUCUGCAGUCAUCCUUACUAAAGCUGUCGGGGGAAACGAGGCUGCAGCCAUUUUCAACUCAGCGUUUGGGAGCUUCCUGGGGAUCGUCGUCACGCCGCUGCUGCUGCUGGUGUUUCUUGGCUCUUCGUCCUCAGUGCCAUUCUCCUCCAUCUUCUCUCAGCUUUUCAUGACCGUGGUCGUACCUCUCAUAGUGGGACAGGUGUGUCGGAGGUUUCUGAGGGAGUGGCUGGAGCGGAGGAAACUACCGUUCGGGACGGUGAGCAGUGUCGUCCUGCUCAUGAUCAUUUACACCACAUUCUGUGACACGUUCUCCAACCCCGACAUCGAGCUGGACCACCUCAGCCUGCUCAUCGUCGUCUUCAUCAUUUUUACCAUUCAGCUCACCUUCAUGUUACUGACGUUUCUUUUAUCAACCAGGCAGUUUUCUGGCUUCAGUGCAGGAGAUUCUGUAGCAAUAAUAUUUUGUUCUACACACAAAUCUCUGACAUUGGGAAUCCCAAUGCUGAAGAUUGUAUUUGAGGGAUUUGAGCAUCUGUCUCUGAUCUCAGUGCCUCUGCUCAUCUACCACCCGGCUCAGAUCCUGCUGGGGAGCAUCCUCGUACCCACCAUUAAAGCCUGGAUGAACACGAGUCAGAAGUCUGCUAUUUUAGUGAGAUAACGCUGCAUGCUCUUCUGCCUGCAAGUCCCAGUCACUGUCCAACCAACAGCCCAUUUGACCUUUUGAAUGACAGUCAGACUAAACCAUUACGGGACCCAAAGCUAAAUGAAGUGGUUCUUUCUCUACGAAGAACGAAGAUGGAUCAAGUGCCUUACUGAAUCUAGAGGGACCUCUAGCAGCUCGUCCUCUCUGCAGGGACUUUCUUACGCAGACGAGCUUGGAAUGAUUCCACAAGCGUAUUUUUAUCAAAUGUGAAUAUAUAUAUAUAUAGAGCUUUAUUUUUAUAUGAAGCGCUUACUGGUUUCCAACAACAUUCCUCAACUGAUUUCCAACUUGUAUUUAACGGGUUGUGUUUUACUCUUGAUUAUUUUUUUAGUUUGAUACCUAGGCAGGACAUUCGAAGGGUUUGUGUUUCUUUGUGCCUGAAAUGUUUUGUGCAUAAUUGUUUGAAAUGGGAUGGAUGAGUAUAAUAAUAUGAUUUGAUUUUUAUUUUGUUAUCAGAGGCCAAAUUAGAUGUUUAAAGCAGCUGUAUUGAGUCUCUGUCAGUGUUCUAGAUGUUAAAGAAGGUUCACAUGUUUACACGUUGGCUGUUUUUAUGACCAAAAGUAUAUAGAAACUGUUUCUGAUUAUUGAGUUCAGGUCUCUCAGCCACAGAUAUUGCUGGCAGGUGUAAUACAAAUUAAUAAUAUACUGUUUAAUAACUUAUAUAUGCUUCUAACUAUCUGGAAACAGUUUGGGGAUUAAAGUUGUGGUUUGACAAGUCUGAACACAUUAAGGAGUUUUGAUUACAAGCCAUGACUUCUUGUCUAACAUCAGUGCCUGUUCUAACAAAUGCUCUCAUGGUCAACACCCAUGGUUUCUGAAUGAGACGUCCAAGCUCAUGGUCCAGAUAAUUCUGGCCAUAUAGAGUGUUUUUCCUUAUAUUGCAACUGUAGUGAAAUUAAAACGGUUAAAAUGUACCUUGUAUUAUUUGGACCUGCUGUUGUUGGAAAACUGAAACAAGAAGAACCCUCGGGGUGUCUAAGAUCAGUCAGCGACACACGGCUCGGAUAAGGAGCUUUUUGCAUUUUUGUAGCCUUCUACAAAAUAUCAGUAUUGCAAAGGAUUGUGCAGCUUUAGCAGAUAUCACUCUUUCUGGUACUGCCGUGUUUCAUUCCACCAAUAAAACCAGACACUGAUCUACA